GGACUAAUUAACUUGAUUUCUUUAGUGUAAAAUGAAAGCGAUACAUUCAAUAUGCUACGAUUUUGUCUAGCUAUUCAAGGGAUCCUCGUUCAAACUGAACCAUGUCUCAAUCAGUGGUCCGAGUGCAGCAAACAGAGAUGCAGUUGUGGCUGGACAAAGUUGAGGCUUGGGGCCAAGCCGACAGCGUGGACGUUCACAAAGAUGCAUGCGCUCAUCUGUGUUCGCUGAGGGAUUUCCUCCAGCGACUUCUCAUGCACAUUGACAACAUGGGUUCCACAACAGAGACUAUGAAGAAGAUGCCUUUUCUUGGCCAGAUUGUGGGCCGCUUGUGCUGGAACCCCGUUGUCACUGCUGACGUUGAAAGCAGUGGGCUGAUCUUCCAGUGUCUGUGGGCGCUAUACUCUGAGCAGCCGGCCAAUGCUUUGGAAAGAAAGGCUAACCAGUGGAUACAGAAACUGUUGUGUCAACUUGCCACCGAAGAUGACGAAUCACUAGCCAAUUCUUUGCUCCAACAUUUACAUGUGUCGCCAACUCAGUACCGCCUCCAAGUCCUCAGAAAGGUGGUGGCACAGUUGCAGAAAGACAUUGGAAAAAGCUGCAGUUCACUGGGAGACAGAAAUGAGAGGUGUUCAUGUGAUAGGAUGGUGGCGACAUGCGAGGCUUGCGUUCCCCUGGUUACCUGCCCCGAGGUUGCUCCUCUCAUUGGAACUUUGCUGCAGCGGUCACUAACAUGUGCACAAGCAACUCUCCCGUAUGACUUCCUGGAUGCUCUAAGCUCUGCCUAUAGCAGUGGUCGCUUGUCACUGGAGGACCGGGCUGUCGUGGCCCUGUGGUAUCACAGCCUGCCCAGCCUGGAGGAGACGGUGCUCGGUCUGCUGGAGUCCACCAUCUUCGCUGACGCGCCGCCGUCACCGCAACAGCUCAAGCGGCAAAUAGCGCAGUCGCUGCUGCCCAAGGCCUGUGCUCAACACUGCUCCAUCUUCUUGGUGGUGAAUGACAUCUUUCGGUCUGUCCUCAAGAAACAGGAGGAUCACCCGUGCAUUCGGGAUCUCAUCCAAAGCUUUACCAGCUGCUUCUAUAGGGAACUGACAGUGUUGCAUACACAGACAUCUUUGAAGGCCUUCUUCCCUCAUUCUCCCCCAAAUCUGCUGCUUCCGCUCUUGACCCAGCCGUCAGAGGCGUCUGGGGAGGCUCGCACACGUCACCUGAACUGGCUCAGCAACUCAUUACGAAGACUGACAGAGGAAGCGGAGGCAGAUGGCGGCGGCGGCAGCGGCGGUGGUGGUGUUGGCGUAGUGUUUGAGGCCUGGUUCCUGCUGGUCCAGUGUUCUCAUUGGGUCCACGAGGCCUUCCAGUUGCUGGCCACCGCCGAGCCCCGAGACUGCCACCCCUCGCUGUGGCUCCUGACCUUCUACCACCAUCCCACCAACAGGGGGCACCAAAGGAAUCAACGACUGGUACGUGUGCAACAAAUCUGGGAGCAGAUGCGCAUCCUUUUCUCAGAUGAUCAUCUCGACCCCGGGGAGCAACUCCGCGAUGCGCUGGCCGUCAUUUCCGCGAGCGCUCGACGACCAUCGCCGUUACUGACCCUCGGCCUGGCGCUCAACUGCGCCGUUUUCUCCCACCGGUCGCACGGCGUCUCUGCUCGCAUCGUGUGCACGGUGGCGGCUGCGUCCGGUCCGCUCAGUGAAGCAUUACGAGUCCUGAGCCUGCUGGAGCGUCGGCUCAGCACGGGAAGCGGCGACGGCCCCUCAUCCGGUGACCCCUGCGCGACCUCUGUCAGGAUCCGUCAGCUUCAGAACGCGCUCGCCAUCCCUACACCACCACAGCAACUGGAUGUCACUCGUGCGGGAUACGCCCACCUCUCGCAUUCACCCAGUUAGCAGCCUUGGCCAGACUGUCGGAUCCCCACAAACAUUCCGAGUGGUCCACACGGUUGCCCCACCCUCUCACGACCUCCUGUCAUCUUCUCGUUUGUUGUCAGCAGCCUUGGAGAAGAGAGAAAGAGGGGUGCCCAUUAUGGAGCCGGCGUGACAAGGCACAUGUUUGAGUGUAUACAGGACUUUUACAUUCCCUCGAAUAGAAUCGACAAUCAUUUGGAAGAUUGAUACACACCAUUUUGGUCUACUCAUGUGACUGUUGUUGGUCAGUGAACUGGACGCCUGUUCCUGCUGAACUGAGCCAGUGGUUAUGUACGACUGAUUAUCAGCUCAGUAGGCACAGGCGGCCAAGCCCAUUUCUUGCUGCCUAUCAAUCAUAUGCUGCAUUUUAUGAUAUGAUUCAUGUCUGGGGGUCCUUCGUGCAGUUAGUGAAAGGUGAAGCCAACUCUGUUUUGAGACCUCAACGCUCACUCACCUUGUAUUGUUUUAAAAAAGUCAUAAACCAUUCAAACAUCAACCUUAAAUCCAUCGAGUGCUUUGCCACUAUCAACAGUUUGAUUGCGCAAAUGAAGAGACGCCUUUCUGGUCUUGUGCCAUUAGGGCAUCAUAAAUCACAGAGGCUUCUCCAGUAUAUAUGUGGGCACUGAUGGCUGUCAUAUGGCCAUUGCUCUCUUUAACGGCCCUUUGAUGGCCAUUAGUCUUUUAAUAGGCCCUAAAUAUAGGUGGACUGAUGACACGCUCCGCACGGACCUCAUUUUUAAUUCACACAUCCGUGCUCGUUUAGACGGAUGGCACCCUCUGCCACACGCGCCACUUGAAUGUCCUAUAUAUGGACGCCUUCAUCAAUGCGUCAAUCACUCAGGAGUUGGUGGGAAGCCCCUUUUCUGCUAUUCCUUUUCUUUUGUGGACAAUGUUCUCCUCAGGUGCAGAACUUAGCCACUGUGAACAAAGAGGAAAUCAAUCACUGUUCACCAAUCAGCUAAGCUCUGUGCCUGGCUGGAGACAACACACACAUGACCUGUUUAAGACUCACGCGCGCGCACACACGAAGAGCCCUAUAUUUCUAAUCACAGCCAACUCCUCACUCUCUCCUGGAUAAUCAUGUCUUCAGUUGGAACUGUGUGUGUGUGUGUGGGGGGGGUGUUGCCAUGGUAGCCGGUCAGGUCAGGCCUGUGUGGUAAUCCCUGGCAAUGUGAUUUUUAUCAUAUGUCACAAAUCAGCAUGCCAGGAACCCCCACAGCCCAGACAGUAGGCAUCACGACACAAUCUUGCGCCUUACCCUUUCCCUCAAAAAUUCAAACUUUCCUCUGUGGAUGUGAAGUGUACAGGAAAGAAAGUAAAUGAGUAGACCUUUCCUUUCAUUGGCCACGCUCAGCUAACCUGGCGAUAUGCCCCUCAUUAGUGGAUCAAGAGGGAUUCCAAAAGGCAUGCGGCGCUCGGAGGGAACGCUGGGAUGGGGAGACCACCCGUCUUUCCUUUUAAAGGCUUUGAAGAAAAAAAAA